GUAUCGCCAUGAAGGAUUCGUCGUCCUUUGCGCUGUAGAGGCUGCGCUGUCGAAAUUCUGACGAGUGUUGUGCUACCCUUGAAACGAGUUGGCUUAUACUUGGCCAACACCCAGCGGCAAGAUGCUUUCAGACUCACAACUCACGCAGCAGACUCGCGUCUGACAAUCACUUGCAGCCUCAGUAAGUGCCAUCACCUGCCUCGGGCAACUGAAUCAGGUCUCUAGCCAAUUCUCUUGCAACAACUCUCGCCAAUCACGUGAGAGUGUUCAAACACGUGAAGGCAACCAACCAUCUGCCAGCACUGCAGGCAUGGUUGUGCAGCACAAGGUCAGCGGCCAGGUCCAGCCAGGUCCAACAGAAGAACAGCGACAGGCUCACGAACUCGAGACAAACGGCUACUGCAUCAUCAGCGACGUCCAACUUUGUUGCAACGCCGGAGCAGCAGCACAAACACGACGUGGAAAGCAUGCGAAACAGCAGAAGCAAGAAACGGUAAAUGCGAACCUGAACCGAGAGAACAAGCAGUUGAUGGGGGAACUUCGACUGAAAGAUCGUGUUAUCCAUCAAAAGAGUCUCGAAAUUCAGGAGCAGUGUACGCGUAUCCUUGAUCUACAGCAGAGUUGGAUUGAGAUGGGGAGGGAUCAUCGGGCUGACAUGAGAGAGCGCGAUCACAUCGAAGCGACGUAUCUGGCAGAUCUUCGUGAAUUGGGCCAGGCACACGAUGAAGAGAUCGAAGUGUUGAGAUGCACAACCGAUCGUCAGGCACUCCCUCCAGCCUAUAUGGAUAUUAACAUCUCGACCACACCCACAACCACAGAUCUCGGCCCCACAAACGCAAAAGAAAUCAUCACCUCGGCAUCAACAUUCCUCCGCAAAGCUCUCGCAGAAGCCUCAACACAGAUAUGUCCCCCUAGUAUCCUCGCCAUCGCAAAAGCCCUACAUGAAUCCCUACGCUACAUCAAGAAAAGUCAAGACCUCUCACUCUGGCCUCGGUCAAGUACAUCUCUAGCCCUCCACGCCGUUUACGAAAUGCUAGAUCGUGUAAUCCACUACCUCACCCUCUCCUCCACCUCCCUCACAUCGUCAAUCCGCUCCACUGGCCUAAGAAACCCUUUCCGCUCCCCACUUACUCAUCUCCGAGAAGCUUUUUCCGCUGCAGAUGCUUUGGCCUUUGAACUCUGCUCUUUGCAUUUUUGCUCUGGCGGGAGAAGAGCUGAUCUUUCAGCACCUCAAAUCCCGUUUCUUUGUGAAAGUAAUGGGGAGGUUGAUAAGAGGGAUGACUUUUUGGAGUUGCAGUGGUGGAAGAAGAGGGUUGAGGGGACUAGGAUGGAGGGAAGGGUUUGGGGGGAGGAUGUCGGAUUGGCGGUUUUUGAGGGUACGGGGGCUUGGUUGGAGAGUACGCUUUUGGAGUUGACUUGAGGGGUUUUAAGGGGGUGGAAUGUGAUGGAGAAGGCGUUUUCAGAGUGUGCCUGUCUAGCUCCUCUUUUUGGUCAUCUCUUGACAUCAUGGCUGCGCUUCCCAAAAGGCGUCUUACUUUUUUCUCCACGGCGUUCGGAGUUGGGUUGGUUUGGACCUUGGAGUGGUCUCUCUGAUGCCUCUCAGUCAAUCAUUUCAUGUUCUCGAAGACAUUCUGCACUUCUUCUAUAUUCAGAGCCUUCUCUCGCUGACACAGUUACACCACUAGCAUGCAGGCGCGACUGUCGAAUCAGGAUGCAUCCGUGU